AUGGCCGCCUUCCCCAGCCCCUGCCUCGGGGGGUGUCUGCUCACCCUCCUGCUUCUGCAUCUGCGCGGGCAGCACGCAGCUCCCUUCGACGUGGCGGGGCCCGCGGAGCCGGUCCUGGCGCUGGUGGGCGCGGACGCGGAGCUGCCCUGCCACCUGCCCGCGAACCUGAGCGCCGCGCCCCUGGAGAUGCGGUGGCUGCGGGAGCCGGAGGCCCUGGCGGUGCUGGUGCACCGGGCCGGGCGCGCGCAGGACACCGAGCAGCUGGCCCGGUACCGGGGCCGAGCCGCGCUGGUGCUGGACGGCCUGGCCCAGGGCCGCGUGGCGCUCCGGAUCCGCGGGGUCCAGGCCUCGGACGACGGCGAGUACCGCUGCUCCUUCCGGCGGGAGGACGGCCCAGGCCACGGAGAGGCCCGCGUGCGCCUGCGGGUGGCCGCGCUGGGCUCUGAUCCUCACAUCCACGUGGACCUUCAGGACAACGGGGAGACCCGGCUGGAGUGCACCUCGCUGGGGUGGUACCCGGAGCCCCGGGUGCAGUGGAGGACACCCACGGGAGAGAAGUUCUCCUCCACGUCAGAGUCCAGGGAUCCCGACGAAGAAGGCCUGUUCACCGUGACAGCUUCUGUGACCAUCAGGGACCCCUCCAUGAAGAACGUGUCCUGCUGCAUCCAGAACCUCCUCCUCGGCCAGGAGAAGGAAGUAGACAUUUUCAUACCAGCUCCUUUCUUCCCAAGGCUGACUCCCUGGGUGGUGGCUGUGGCUGUCAUCUUAGUGGUCCUAGGAGUUCUGACCAUCGGGUCCAUAUUUUUCACCUGGAGACUAUACAAGGAAAGGGCCAGGUGGAGGAAGGAUGAAUUCAGCUCUACAGAGAAACUCCUGAAAGAGCUCAAGUGGAAGAAAGCUACACUGCAUGCAGUUGAUGUGACUCUGGACCCGGACACCGCCCACCCCCACCUCUUUCUGCAUGAGGAUUCCAAGUCUGUGCGGCUGGAAGAUGAACGUCAGAAACUGCCCGAGAAGCCGGAGAGAUUUGACUCCUGGCCUUGCGUGUUGGGGCGGGAGGCCUUCACCUCCGGGAGGCAUUACUGGGAGGUGGAGGUGGGGGAUAGGACCGACUGGGCCAUCGGGGUCUGCAGGGAGGACGUGAUGAAGAAAGGAUUUGACCCCAUGACUCCCAAGAAUGGGUUCUGGGCUGUGGAGCUGUAUGGAAACGGGUACUGGGCUCUCACCCCCCUGCGCACCCCUCUCCCCCUGGCAGGACCUCCCCGUCGGGUUGGGAUUUUCCUGGACUAUGACUCAGGAGACGUUGCCUUCUACAACAUGAUGGACGGGUCCCACAUCUACACGUUCUCCAAGGCCUCUUUCUCUGGCCCCCUCCGACCCUUCUUCUGCUUGUGGUCCUCUGGCAAAAAGCCCCUGACCAUCUGCCCGGUCACGGAUGGGCUGGAGGAAGUCACGGUAGAGGCUGAUGCCAGGGACCCCUCCAAGGAGAUCCCACUGUCCCCCUUGGGGGAGGAUGCUGCCUCUGGGGACACAGACACACUUCAUUCUAAACUCAUCUUUACCCAGGCCAACCAAGGGGCACCUUAG